UUGCGUUAUUUUGCCGACACAUUAUUUUCCCUGAGAGCAUUGGCUGGGUUUUCACAAAGCGACAGAAAGCCCCGAAGGGGAAGCCAAAGGUGGGAAGGCGCAGACGACGGGGGGAGCGUGUCAGUCAAUGAGCGGAUCCGGCGCUGAGCGGCAGCACUGCGCCUCACACGCACCUCCGAGCUCAACAUCCCAUCUCUCUCCUUUUCUUCGCUUUUCUGCUUCUCGACAAAAAUUCCUCCUCAUCGGUGAAUGCCGCUGAUAGCGGGUCCGGCACACAGGCAAGGCACAGCCUGAUCUAGCGCACAGUCAGGGCACAGCCUGAUCCGGCACGGCGGCGUCCAGAGCCGGGCUCUCACUCUGCUCCGUGUGCGCCAGGAUCAGGGGCAUCCGGGGACGUCCGGAGGGACUGCUUUUUAACACAAGUACGCCCUCCUGAGGAUGAGCCAGCGGUGAGCUGUGAAUCUCUCCAAGCUGUGUGGACGAUUCCCAGGAUCGGCAAGGCCGCCUCACCAGAGCUGCCUCACUGCCUUGCCACCUCGCCGGAGCUGCCUCGCUGCCUCACUGCCUCACCGGAGCUGCCCCGCUCCCAUCUUCUCUCUGUUGCAGGAGGCUUCCCUCAGCAGCUCAUGGACCUGCACCGCGCCGCCUUUAAGAUGGAGAGCUCCUCCUACCUGCCCAACCCACUGGCAUCGCCUGCCCUCAUGGUGCUGGCCUCCACGGCUGAGGCCAGCCGCGACGCCUCCAUCCCAUGCCAGCAGCCGCGCCCCUUUGGUGUGCCUGUGUCCGUGGAGAAGGAGGUGCACCUCCCCUUCACCAACGGCUCCUACACGUUCGCCUCCAUGUACCACCGGCAGGGUGCCGUGCCGGGUGGAUUUCCCAGCCGGGACUUUCCGCCCUCCCUACUCCACCUGCACCACCAGUUUGCCCCACCCAACCUGGACUGCACCCCCAUCAGCAUGCUGAACCACAGCGGUGUGGGUGCCUUCCGGCCCUUUGCGUCGCCCCCAGAGGAGCGUGACGGUGCCGCCGCCGGCUACCAGUCAGCUUUCACGCCCGCCAAGCGCCUGAAGGGCUGCCUGGAGGCAGAGGCCUCCCCCCACCUGCGUUAUUCGGAUGCUGAGGGGAAGGAGUAUGACUACGGGGGGACGCAGAUCCCAUCUAGCUCGCCGGGAGCCCUGAAAGCCGUGGAGGACGCCGGAAAGAAGAUCUUCGCAGUGUCGGGUCUGCUGUCUGACCGCGAGGCCUCGUCCAGCCCAGAGGACCGCAUCGAGCGCUGUAAAAAGAAAGCCUCACUCUAUGACACACAGGCCCCCGUCUGCCCCAUCUGCCAGGUCCUGCUGCGCCCGGGGGAGCUGCAGGAGCACAUGGAGCAGGAGAUGGAGCGGCUCACUCACAUGCAUUUAAGUAAGAACCCUGCACACAAGGAUGUGAGCACAGCACCCGGCACGCCCAAGUCCCUGCUGCUGUCUGUGCACAUCAAGCGUGAGGGGGAGUCACCCGUGCUCUCGCCCCUGUCCUCGGAGGACCUGCAUCACUCGGACAGGUACCAGACUUUCCUGCGAGUGAGGGCAAACAGGCAGACCCGGCUGAAUGUCGAUGCCCUCUGCUGGUGCAGGCGCUACGCCAAGGAAAGUGUCAAAACUGCCCCCCCUCAACCGCACAACGGAGCCCCCCUUGCCCCCUGCUGCAGUCGCCACGCUCGCAUCGGGAAGAUGAAGCGACGGAAGGCGGACGAUGGGCAGGUAUGUCCGCUGUGCAGCCGCCCACUGGCCGGAACCGAGGAGCACAUGAGUAGGCAUGUGGAGGAGUGUCUGCUCCAGCGGGAAGGGGCAUGCCAUCCCGACGACGACGCCGCCGACCUGGACGGCGAGAACGGCACGCGCUUCGAGGAGUAUGAGUGGUGUGGCCAGAAGCGGGUUCGAGCCAGUGCCCUGCUAGAGGGGGGCUACAGAGGCACUGGCUUCGCCACCUGCAGCACCAAGGAGAGCCACGACAGUGACGCCGACCUCGAUGUUGACGGUGACGACACGCUGGAGUAUGGCAAGGCACAGUACACAGAGGCAGACAUCAUUCCAUGCUCUGGAGAGGACCAGGGAGAGGCCAAGGAGCGCGAGGCCUUGCGGGGUGCUGUGUUAAACGGUGGGACACCGACCCACAGAAUAACCCCUGAGUUCUCCAAAUGGGCCAGUGACGAAAUGCCCUCCACGAGUAAUGGAGAUGGAGCCAAGCAGGACGGCAGUGGGCCCACUGGCGCCACCCCCAGGACUUGUAAAAACAGCGACAUUGAGAAGAUUACGGAGGAGUCCACCGUUACCACUUUCGAGGCCCUGAAGGCUCGCAUCCGGGAGCUGGAGAAGCAGGUUCUGCGCGGAGAUCGCUACAAGUGUCUCAUCUGCAUGGACUCCUACACGAUGCCCCUGGCCUCCAUCCAGUGCUGGCACGUCCACUGUGAAGAGUGCUGGCUGCGGACGCUGGGGAACAAGAAGCUCUGUCCACAGUGCAACACCAUCACAUCGCCCGGGGAUCUGCGACGUGUUUACUUGUGAUCAUCUGUCCACGGCUCCAUAAUCCCCCCCACGCCCCACGUCUUUGUCAGUGUGUUUUUGUGAGGAUGGGGGUGGUUGUCAGCAUGGAUUUUAUAGAAAGUCCCUCCUGUUUUAAUGAGACAGGACUCGUGUUUGAGGGACUCUCAGAAGAGGGAGAGCGAGAAUUCCGGCUGGAAAGGCAACCAAAACAGACUGCUGACAUAGCAGCCCUCUCCCAGCACCUCUGCAGCCCCGCUCUACGCACCCCUACCCCCCAACACCGC